UGUGAGGCUGUGCUGUGCGUGCCUAAUAUAUAUAUUUAUGGUCCGAAUGGUAAAAUCCCUUGUUGGGAAGACGAAGGCAGAUCGUCAAAAAGAGUUUUUUUGGGUUUUUUUUUUUUCUCUCCUAAAUUCACGGGGGCUUAGAUCUGAUCAAAAGAGUUUCAUGUGUUUUGUCUCUCGAGGAAUCUGAAGGGGAAGGAAGAGGAUCAAGAUUAUUUUUGGAGCUUUAAUUUCACUCGGAAACCGCCGCCGCCGCCGCCGCCGCUUCCGGCAUGUGAAAGAGGGAUUGUGAACUGAUUACAUCAGCUUAUCGUCAUGGAAGUCUGCAACUGCAUCGAACCUCAAUGGCCGGCCGAUGAGCUGUUGAUGAAAUACCAAUACAUAUCGGAUUUCUUCAUCGCCAUUGCUUAUUUCUCCAUCCCACUCGAGUUGAUCUACUUUGUCAAGAAAUCCGCCGUCUUCCCUUACAGAUGGGUCCUCGUCCAAUUCGGCGCUUUUAUUGUCCUUUGCGGGGCGACACAUCUCAUCAAUCUAUGGACUUUCACGACACACUCGCGGACAGUGGCAGUUGUAAUGACCACUGCCAAGGUUUUAACAGCUGCUGUAUCAUGUGCCACCGCCUUGAUGCUCGUUCAUAUCAUUCCUGAUCUUCUGAGCGUUAAGACCCGGGAAUUGUUCUUGAAGAACAAGGCUGCCGAGCUUGACAGAGAAAUGGGUUUGAUCCGGACACAGGAAGAAACUGGACGGCAUGUCAGAAUGCUGACCCAUGAGAUAAGAAGCACUCUUGACCGGCAUACCAUUCUAAAGACUACGCUGGUUGAGCUCGGUAGAACGCUGGCUUUGGAAGAAUGUGCCUUGUGGAUGCCCACGAGAACCGGGUUAGAGCUUCAGCUUUCUUACACGCUUCGUCAACAACACCCCGUCGAAUAUACGGUUCCAAUUCAGUUACCGGUGAUCAAUCAAGUGUUCAGUACGAGCAGAGCGGUAAAAAUAUCACCCAAUUCCCCUGUUGCUCGGCUGAGGCCAGUUGCCGGGAAAUAUAUGCUCGGGGAGGUGGUUGCCGUUAGGGUUCCGCUUCUUCACCUUUCGAAUUUCCAGAUCAAUGAUUGGCCCGAGCUCUCGACGAAGAGAUACGCUCUGAUGGUAUUGAUGCUUCCUUCGGAUAGUGCGAGGCAAUGGCAUGUCCAUGAGUUGGAGCUCGUCGAAGUCGUUGCUGAUCAGGUGGCGGUGGCUCUUUCUCAUGCUGCAAUUUUAGAAGAGUCGAUGAGGGCGAGGGAUCUUCUCAUGGAGCAGAAUGUCGCUCUCGAUCUUGCGAGACGAGAAGCUGAAACGGCAAUCCGUGCCCGUAACGAUUUCCUUGCGGUAAUGAACCACGAGAUGCGAACUCCGAUGCACGCAAUCAUCGCACUCUCUUCCCUACUCCAGGAAACCGAGUUGACCCCCGAGCAGAGGUUGAUGGUCGAAACCAUACUUAAAAGUAGCAACCUUUUGGCGACUUUGAUGAACGAUGUCUUGGAUCUUUCGAGGCUUGAAGACGGAAGUCUCCAGCUUGAACUCGGAACUUUUAAUCUCCAUGUUUUGUUCCGAGAGGUUCUGAAUUUGGUAAAGCCCAUCGCCGCAGUUAAGAAAUUACCAAUCGGGUUAAAUCUCGCCCCGGAUUUGCCUGAAGAUGUCGUCGGGGAUGAAAAACGGUUGAUGCAGAUAAUUCUGAAUAUAGUUGGUAACGCCGUGAAAUUUUCUAAGGAGGGCAGUAUCUCGAUCACUGCCCUUGUCGCCAAAUCGGAUUCCCGAGCACCCGAUUUUUUCGUGGUGCCUAGCGAGAGUCAUUUCUUCUUGCGGGUUCAGGUGAAGGACUCGGGAGUUGGAAUAAACCCUCAAGACAUUCCGAAGCUUUUCACUAAAUUUGCUCAGACGCAAUCUUUAGCUACCCGAACUUCAGGGGGCAGCGGGCUCGGCCUCGCAAUAUCCAAGAGGUUUGUGAAUCUGAUGGAGGGUAACAUUUGGAUCGAGAGUGAGGGUGUCGGGAAAGGAUGCACGGCUAUCUUCGUCGUAAAGCUUGGUAUUUCGGAGUGUUCCAACGAGUCCAAGCACUCAGCCAUGUCGAAAGUUCCGGCCAAUCUUCGCCACAUAAAUUUCCCCGGACUCAAGGUUCUUGUCAUGGAUGAGAACGGGGUAAGUAGAAUGGUGACGAAGGGACUGUUGGUGCACCUCGGGUGUGAUGUGAUGACCGUGAGCUCGGCCGAGGAGUGCAUACGGGCUGUGACGCAGGACUGCAAGGUCGUCUUCAUGGACGUGUGCAUGCCCGGGAUAGAGAAUUACCAAAUCGCCCUUCGAAUCUACGAGAAAUUCACGAAACGCCACCAGAGGCCGCUGCUCGUUGCCCUCACGGGCAAUACCGACAAAGCCACCAAGGAGAAGUGCAUGAGCUUCGGUCUGGACGGCGUUCUGCUGAAGCCCGUCUCGCUCGACAAGAUGCGGACCGUUCUUUCCGACCUCCUCGAGCAUCGGAUUCUCUACGAAUCCAUGUAGGGUUCGGCCUCGGCCUCGGCCGUAACCAGCCACCGGAAAAAUGACCAACCCUUCCACGUACGAUUUCUGUCAGGUUUGAAUGGUGAUGUACAUAGUUGAGGUGGAGGGGCAUUUUGGUGGAUGCUGUGAACCCGAAGGGGUUAAAUGGGAAUUUACUAUAACCGGUUAAAAGAGAGAUUUAGGUUGUCUCUCUGGUGGUUUUGUCCGGACGACGUCGUUCCGUCGGUAGUCUGACGUGGACCCGUUUUGUAUCCUCAAGUAUAAAAUCUCUUAUGGCUUAUAUUAUAUAAUCGUUUUUCUUUCUAUGUAGACGCUAAUGGAUAGUUUGUGAAAUUCACUAUAACUUUUGGUCCGCUUUAUUGCAAUUUUUUGGGAA